GUUGAACCCUGAAUAAAUUGCUAAUAAAAUUUUUUUUAUUAAAUUUAACAAUAUUUUAAGAAUAUGGAAGAUUCUGAGAUUCCUGACACUGAAAAGAUCCGUAUAGUUAGUGAUUUUAUCCUUCACGCUCCACCAGGAGAAUUUAAUGAAGUUUUUAAUGAUGUCCGGGUUUUACUUAAAAAUGACAAUUUACUGAAAGAAAAAGCAGGAUCAGCAUUUGCACAAUAUAACAAAGAUCAAUUAACACCAGUUCGUCUAGAAAGCACCGAAUCCUAUGCUUUAAUAACAGAGUUUAAUGAUUUGGGUGGUGGACGUUUCUUCGAUCCGCGCACAAAGCAAUCAUUCAAGUAUGAUCAUUUAAGGAAGGAAGCUUCAGAUUUUCAGAAUUAUGAGCCAGAUUCAGUUGCAGAGCAUUGGCGUUCAGCGCUGGACGUAGAAGCAAUUCAGUAUACUGGAAAUCAUUAUCGUCAUGGUGUGUGUUCCGUAUUUGGCAAAAGCGAUCCUUCGACAAAUCAAAUUACUUUAUCAUUGUGCAUUGAAGAUCACCAGUUUCAACCUCAGAAUUACUGGAACGGAAAAUGGCGUUCACAAUGGAACUUUACAUUUUCCAGCUCUGGAUCUGGUGCUGCUGAAAUCAAAGGAGUACUGAAAGUUCAGGUACAUUAUUAUGAGGACGGGAAUGUCCAAUUAGUUUCAUCGAAAGAGUGCCGCGAGUCCGUUAUAAUAACGAACGAGAUUCAGACAGCGAAGGAAAUAAUUAAAAUAGUUGAAGAUAGCGAGCAAGACUAUCAAAUGGCAAUAUCAGAGAAUUAUCAAACUAUGUCUGAUACAACAUUUAAAGCACUUCGUCGUCAAUUGCCGGUGACUCGUACGAAAAUCGAUUGGGCCAAAAUUGUAUCGUAUUCGAUUGGAAAGGAACUGAAAACGCAAUAAUAAUGAAUGAAUUCCAUUGUGCUCAUCGUCAUAUAUAUGUUUAAUUAUUUUUCAUCAUCUUAUUUUACUACAAUUAUUGUAUUCUACUCGGUUUUUCUUUUGUUUUAAGAAAGUUUUAUCGAAAUUUUAUAUUAAUAAUAUAUUUUAUACCUUAAAUAUCAUUGUGUAUUCUUAAUCACAAUUUACAAAGAAACAAUGCCUUUUAUACAUUAAUUGUAUUUUUAUAAAUUGUGUAAUUGAAAUUUUUCGUCAAUUUUGUCUCUAGAUCAAAACUAUAAUUCGCAUUUUUCAAAAUAUUCUUUAAUUUCCUUAAAACAAAAACAAAAAAACGACAUGAGCCUUCUUAAUUAAAUCUUUCAAACAUUAUUAUUGACUAAAUUAAUUAAAAAUCUGCAUCAACUUAUGAUACUUUAAAUGAAACGAAUAACGCGUUAAAAAGUAUUUCCAAGCAUUUCUGCAUUUUUAUUAAUUAUGAAUAAAACGGUUCAUAUUAGAUAAAGUAACUCAUGAGCAUCAAUAUAUAAUGAUGAAUAUUAAGAAGCUCCCCCCCCUCUCCUAAAAAUGCAUCAAAUCAAACCGUGAAUAAAAUAAAUGAAUAACUAAUUAUAUUAACAAUAAUUGAAAAUCUUGCAUUAUGAAAUGAUAAAACUGCAAAGACAUUAAUCAC